CGGGAAAUCUGUCUUCUGCAGGUUCUUUGCGAAAAUCAUGUCGGAAUCCACCUCAACUAGUUCCAUCUCAAUCGCCGGUGUUUCUUCCGAUGAUCGAUUUCGGCCGGUGAACACCAUGGCCUCCGGCGACUCUUCCACAUCUACUUCUAGCAUCACUCAGGCUUUCCAUUUUUCUUCUGGAAAUCCUCGUAUCGAAGAGACCAGGGGCGUGAUGCAUCUCUUCCGGAAUGACGUCGCCUCAUCGUCCCCCGAAUUGCCUGCUGAAAGAAAACCUCUUCUCUGUGUGCUUGGGGUACCCAAUCACAUGACUUAUUCAGAUUUUUGUCAGUUUUGUGGUUCAUUUGUGCAACAUAUGCUGGAAAUGCGAAUUGUCAGAAACGAAGGAAUGGAAGAUCGAUAUAGUAUUUUGAUCAGGUUUGAUGAGCAAAAAUCUGCAGACUCUUUCUACAAACAUUUUAGUGGCAGACGUUUCUCAUCUCUUGAGGAAGAAACUUGCCAUGUGCUUUUCACGGGUGAUGUGCAUUACACUGGUUCUAUUGAACGCUUGCAGACUUCUGCCCCAAGCUCUACAGAACAGCCUUCAUGUCCAGUCUGUCUUGAGCGGCUUGACCAGGACACUAGUGGGAUUCUGACUACAAUUUGCAAUCAUUCUUUUCAUUGUUCUUGUAUUUCAAAAUGGACAGAUUCUUCUUGCCCGGUAUGUCGAUAUUGCCAGCAGCAGCCUGAGAAAUCGGUUUGUAUUGUUUGUCAAACGUCAGAGAAUCUCUGGAUGUGUGUCAUAUGUGGUUUUGUUGGUUGUGGAAGAUAUAAAGAUGAACAUGCUAAGAGGCACUGGAAAGAAACACAACAUUGCUAUGCGCUUGAAUUGGAAACAAGACGUGUCUGGGACUAUUCUGGAGACAACUAUGUUCACAGAUUAAUUCAAUCUAAAACUGAUGGGAAGUUGGUUGAGUUGAACCAUCACUGUGUACACUCUAAUGAAGGUUAUAAUUGUGAAUGUGGUGUUGAUCCUGAAUUUAGUGAAGCUCUUGAAAACAACAAAGUUGAAGCUAUUGUGAAUGAGUAUAAUGAGCUCCUGACAGCACAACUUGAGAACCAGAAAAUGUACUUUGACUCCUUGCUACAAGAGGCUGAAGAAGAAAAUAAAAGGCAAGCUUCUGAAGCUGUUCAGAAAGCUCUAAUUCAGAAUCCUAGGAUGGUUAAGUUGCGUGCUCGGUUUGACAAAUGCACUGAAGAGAAGAAAUUUCAGGAUGAUAUCUAUGACAAUCUUUUGAGAAACCAGAAAAUAUGGGAAACCAAGAUUGUGGAAAUUGAAGAAAGGGAAAGCAAGGUCUUGAAGCUGAAGGACGAGAGGAUAAAGCAGUUGGAGGAAGAGCUUAUGAGUCUAAUGACAUGCUUAGAGUUCGAAGGAACGAACACAGCAUCACAAGCACCCGAUAAAACUGGAAACAGCGACAGCUUAAUCAAGUAGGAUGCUCCUCAGAAAAUGGAGAAAGAGACCAGCAGGAGGUGUUGUCUGGUACAUGGAGUUCACCAACUGGCCUAUGAAUUUCAGAUUCAGGGUUGUAUCAGUGUCAUGAAAUGAACAUAACAAAAAUGUGAUGGCACAUAACAUUACAAGAAUGAAUAUUUGUUUUGUAGCAAUGUGCAUUCAUCAUGGCUGUGAUGAAUGAUUAACUCAAGUAUGAUGAACAUACCUUUCGGUCUUUUAGAGUAUAUGGAUUUUGAUUAAAAUUUGCAUUGCA